CUCUGACCUAUUUCUUCACCAUCAUUAAACAGUACAAAGCUCUCCUUGCCAUUUGUUUACUUGCUGGCUGGGGGAGGGGAUGGAUCCCUGAGACUCAGACUCAUUCAUUCUGUCUUUUUCGUGGAUGGAGUGUGUCGGAAAAGGAUCAGUGUUUUGAUUUGGAAGGUUGUUCUGGAAUUCUUUGAAUGUCUGUUGAAAUGGCGACCUCCAAGUCGACAUCUGAUUGUAAUGGGGUAAAAACUAACGACUGGACAACUGUCGUGUUAAACGUCUACGAUCUCACUCCUCUUAACAACUACACUCAUUGGAUUGGAUUCGGAAUCUUCCACUCCGGAAUUGAAGUAUAUGGCAGAGAGUUUGGGUUUGGAGCUCAUGACUUUCCAACAAGUGGAGUUUUUGAAGUGGAGCCAAGGAAGUGCCCUGGAUUUAUAUAUAGACGUUCCAUCACUUUGGGCCAAACAAACAUGCAUCCAUCAGAGUUUCAGAUAUUUAUUGAAAAUAUGGCUUCAGAGUAUCAUGGGGAUACCUAUCACCUUAUCUCUAAGAAUUGCAAUCAUUUUACAGAUGACCUCUCCCGUAGAUUGACAGGAAAGCGAAUCCCUGGCUGGGUGAAUCGUCUUGCCAAUCUAGGUGCUCUGUGUAGCUGCCUGCUCCCCGAAAGCCUUCAAGUAUCUAAUGUCAAACAACAAAUGCCUGAAUGCCACCUCCAUACGGAUGACGACGAUCAAGAAACAGAUGAUGAUGAAGAAAUAAAUGACAAUCAAGAAGAGAAGCACCUUUUGCCGUCGCCUGGAUCUGAAGAUGUUUCUUUUGUUAAAGAGGUCCAAGCAAAAUAAAAAAAGCGGUGUGUCUUGGGUGAUAAAAAGAACUCCCAGUGAGAAAGAAACGCCCAUGAUGCAGGCUUUUUUGCGUGAAUAUCACAGUUUAUUGGAUUUGCAUCGGCUUCUUCCUGAAAAUUCUCCCAUUCUUUGGCCUGAAGCAUUGAAACAAGAUCUUGUGCUGUAUUGUCUUCCCUGUGACAUUUUUUUGGGGACAAUUAUUUGUUUGUGGACUAGGAUUAUUUCUUUCUGGGGCUGCUGGCGCCCCCGUAAAUGACAUUAACACGUGGAAAUUGUCUAAAUUGUGAUUAUUUAAGAGCAGCAGAGCCACUUUCUUGGACUUGAGGUGUU